AUGAACCUCCAACCGAGCACCUUAGGAGCGGAAGAUAGCUACAUUUGGUACCCGACACGCAAUGGAAUCUAUAGCGUAAAGUCGGGUUACCACUCUAUCAAAGGACAAGCCCUAACGCCAGCUAGCAAUCAAAGUGGCUUCGACUGGAUAAAAGACGUGUGGAGUGGAACUUUCUCUCCCAAGAUGAAGACCUUCCUAUGGACUACCAUCCAAAAAGCAAUCCCAUUAGGAGCCAACCUACAAAGCAGCGGAGUUACUCAAGAGAUCAAGUGUAUCAGAUGUGGACAACGAGAAACGGAGGCUCACAUAUUCUUCAGUUGCGAGUUUGCAGUGAAGGUGUGGGAGUACACCCACUUGACACUAAAUAUAGAUAUUGCUUCUCUUCCAGAUGUUGCCUCUGCUCUAGUAGCUUUCAGGAACAACCGCUGCCUCCCACCGCUAGGGGUAACAACCCCUCUCCUUCCGUGGAUCCUCUGGGCUCUAUGGACGGCUCGGAACGUGGUCAUCUUCGAACAACGAACCUACACUGUAGAAGAGACAGCCAUUAGAGCGAUCAAGCUAGCCAGAGAAUGGAAUCAAGCUCAACUGACCCAAAAGAAGAUUUCAACAACGACACAAGGAUCGAUCGCUGGUUUACCUCUCUUAGGACUCUCUCAACCUCCGUCGAUCGGAACAAGGAUCAUCAAAACAGACGCAGCGUGGGAUAAGAAGACGCAAACAGCAGGUCUUGCUUGGAUCGCCUCUGAACCACCAAGCUCCAGGACUACGCAGGGAGCUAAAAUUCACUGGAAUGUCGCCUCUCCUCUUGCGGCUGAGGCCCUUGCGAUUAGAAACGCCCUCCAAGACGCAGCAGCUUCAGGAAUCACCUUCCUCCAGAUCUACUCCGACAAUCAAACCCUGAUCAGGGCAAUCAACGGCAAGAUCUUCGAGAAAGAGAUCAACGGUAUUCUCAAAGAUAUCGAAACUCUCUCUUCUCUGUUUGUCGAAUCAUCUUUCUGUUUCAUUUCCCGGGCCAAGAAUGGGCUAGCUGAUUCAUUGGCUAAAUCCAUUCUGAGGACUCCUCUUUGUGUAAUGGGCCGGCCCACGGGCUAG